AUGGGUGAUGAUGCCCCCGUUGGACAAGGUGAUAUGCAGCUGCUAGCUGCCAUGGGAUACAAGCAGGAGCUUCGGCGACAUUACUCGACCGUCCAGGUCUUCGCGAUUGCCUUCAGUAUCAUGGGCCUGCUGCCAUCCAUUGCGUCUACCCUGUCGUACUCAGUCCCUGCAGGUCCGGUGGGCAUGGUCUGGGUAUGGAUGUAUCUGUUUGCCGCUACGUGCAGAUGGUUUGCGGCCAGCGUGUUUAUCUUCAUUGUCGCCUUAGCGAUGGCCGAUCUCGCAUCCGCAAUGCCUACGGCCGGUGGCCUGUAUUUUUGGACACACUACUUCAGUGGGGAGAAGUGGAAGAACCCGCUGAGCUUCGUUGUCGGAUACAGCAACAGUAUCGGUCUUAUCGGUGGCGUCUGCUCCAUUGACUACGGAUUUGCGACCAUGCUCCUGUCUAUCAUCUCCAUCGCGCGAGACGGCAACUGGACCGCCUCGCGCCCCGUCCUCUACGGUACCUACGUCGCCUGCGUCGUUGUCCACGGCUUUAUCGCCAUUUUCUGCGCACGUAUCAUGCCCAAGAUCCAGUCCGCCUGCAUAUUCAGUAAUAUCGGCCUUGUUCUGGCCACGGCCCUUGCUCUACCCAUUGGGAAGGCCGUGCGCGGAGGGCAGAUCAAUUCGGGGGAUUACAUAUUCGGCCACUCAGAGAACCUCACUACCUGGCCGCAGGGCUGGACCUUCAUGCUCGCAUGGUUGUCCCCCAUCUGGACGAUCGGCGCAUUCGAUUCCUGCGUCCACAUGAGCGAGGAAGCCAGCCACGCCGCGCGCGCUGUGCCACUCGGUAUCAUCUGGUCCGCGGGGCUCUGCGGGCUGUUAGGGUUCAUCUCCCUGGCCAUCAUCGCUGCAGUCAUCGACCCUGAUCUCAAUGCCGUGCUGAACUCAAGUUUCGGCCAGCCAAUGGCUCAGAUCUACUACGACGCCCUCGGGAAAAGCGGCGCCCUCGGCUUCAUGGUCGUCGUUGCCGUCGUCCAGUUCUUCAUGGGUCUAAGUCUCGUUGUCGCCGCUUCCCGCCAAAGCUGGGCCUUCUCGCGUGACGGGGCCCUCCCCUUCUCCUCCUUCUUUCGCCACGUUAGUAAACGCAUCCGCUUCCAGCCCGUUCGCAUGGUGUGCGCCGUCGUCGUUAUCUCCAUCAUCCUGGGCCUCCUCUCGCUCAUCGACAACGCCGCUGCCAGCGCCCUCUUCUCGCUUGCCGUUGCCGGCAACGAUCUUGCCUGGCUGGUCCCCAUCCUGUGCCGGCUCAUCUGGGGCAAAGAUCGCUUUCGGCCCGGCGAGUUCUAUACUGGCUGGCUAAGUAAGCCCAUCGCCAUCACUGCCGUCGUCUAUCUGGCGUUUGUCAUUAUUUUGAGUAUGUUUCCGACUGAGGGGCCGAAUCCAUCGCCCCAGGAUAUGAACUACACUGUUGUGAUCAAUGGGUCGCUGUGGCUAGGCGCCAUGCUGUAUUAUGUGGUCUAUGCCCGAAAGGUCUACAAGGGCCCGCAGAUGACGGUAGGAGAAUCUCCAGGUAGCUUGUCAGAGACCGAGAUUGGCGCGAGGGUGCCGGAUGAGAAGUAG